CAGCGUUUAGUGGUUGUAGCGAGUGGUCGCAGGUCGGCAUGGGGGUGCGAGCAGACUUUGGGGGUGCACGCUAGUAUCGGCACUUCCUGGAAGCAUGAAUUCGGGCGAUGUCUCCAAGUCUAGUCCCCUUCUCUAAGAGGGGGUGGGAAGUGGCGGCUUAUUCCUGCACCAGAGGAGAUGCAGCGCGCACGCCAGCAGGCACAGCAAGUGCACAGCCCGGGGCCUGGCAGGUGUGACGUGCAUCAGAGCCACCCUGCACUCAGCACACUCGUGCGGUGCCGCAGUCCAGCGCCGUGCCCACGCGGAGCCUGCCCUGCCAGGCUGGAGCUGGUCAGCAGCAGAUGCCAGUAUGGACAGGGUAGCUGACGAUGCUCCUCCCCGCCCAUCACUCCCGAGACAUUGAGCGGAAGCCGGAGUACCUCCAGCCGGAGAAGUGCGCCCCCCCGGCCCGGCCCGGCCCCGCGGGAACCAUGUGGUUCAUCCGCGACGGCUGCGGCAUCGCCUGUGCCAUCGUCACCUGGUUCCUGGUCCUCUACGCGGAGUUCGUGGUCGUCUUCGUUAUGCUGAUCCCAUCCCGGGACUACGUGUACAGCGUCAUCAACGGAGUCGUGUUCAACCUGCUGGCCUUCCUGGCCCUGGCCUCCCACUGCCGGGCCAUGCUCACGGACCCCGGGGCCGUGCCCAAAGGAAACGCCACGAAAGAGUUCAUCGAGAGCCUGCAGCUGAAGCCCGGCCAGGUGGUGUACAAGUGCCCCAAGUGCUGCAGCAUCAAGCCCGACCGAGCCCACCACUGCAGCGUGUGUAAGCGGUGCAUCCGGAAGAUGGACCACCACUGCCCCUGGGUCAACAACUGCGUGGGCGAGAGCAACCAGAAGUACUUCGUCCUGUUUACGAUGUACAUAGCCCUCAUUUCCUUGCACGCCCUCGUCAUGGUGGGAUUCCACUUCCUGCACUGCUUCGAAGAAGACUGGACAAACCUCCUGAAAGCCUAUGGACUGAGCAGAGGAGACACAGCAGAGUCCCAAGUCUCUCUUCAGGAAAAUAAGCAGCCCCCUAAAGUUUCGGCAGAGUGCAGCUCCUUCUCCCCGCCCACCACGGUCAUCCUGCUCAUCCUGCUGUGCUUUGAGGGCCUGCUGUUCCUCAUCUUCACGUCGGUGAUGUUCGGGACCCAGGUGCACUCCAUCUGCACGGACGAGACGGGCAUCGAGCGCCUCCAGCGGGAGAGCCGGCCCCGGGAGCACAGGCGCAGCUGGCGGUCGGUCAAGGAGACCUUCGGCGGGGACUUCUCCCUAAACUGGUGCAACCCCUUCUCCGGGCCGUGGCAGCCUGAGAUCCCCGUGGACAAGGACUUGGUGCGGCAGGAGUCAUCACCGUCGGACACGGACGUCACCGACACCACCGAGCACUCGGAGGGGACGAAGGACGAGGACUCUGUGGAGGUGACAGAUGAAUAGACGCUGCUGUGAGGACAGCUGGGCACUAAGGGGCUCCGACCUCGUCCUGGGCCUGGGCUGGGGGCUCGCGGCCUCCUCCCUCUGCGUGCCGGCCAGGUCUGGGGUGGGAGGGUCAGCGAAGGACAGCCUGUGCCCAGCAGGGAGGGUGCCUUGAGCAGGCAGCAGGGCAGAGAGCUGCCCUCCCCCUUCCUCGGGGUGCUGUCUAACCUCAGGAGGGUCCGAACCCCACUCCUGGCGUUCAGGAACCAGAGCUGUGACAUCCUGACAGACGGACAGGGCAGGGCAGGGCUGGGCACAGGCACCUGAGGUCAGGGACUGUGGCCUGGAAAGGCUGCAAAGACCCUCCUGGAAGGGUGCCCCUGCAGCCUCAAUUAGAGAAAGGCCUGGGUGCUACUCAGGUCGUCCGUCAGGGGUUGGCACAGCCUGGCCAGGAGCCCACGGUUGGGCUGCCAUGUGCACACGCGUGCCAGCUAUGCCCAGCUAGGAGGCUGUCAGGACAGCGGCAGUGAGUUAGCGAAGCUUCGUGAUACACAGCUGGAGCAGCCUGCCAGGCUCAGCCUUCUGCAGCGUCCCCUCCCGGAGAGAGCCCACGGCUCAUGUGGGCAGAGCUGCCUGGAAACCCUGCCAGUGUGCAAGGCUGGGCCGCCCACGAUGCUGGUCCUACCUCUGCAGGGGUGGUUGCUGGGCCGAGACCCCACAGUCCCUGUAGGAUGGGCUAGGCCUAGUCCCCCUGAAGCCUGGGUGUGUGACUGACCAGGGGUCCCUACCCUGGCCCACUGGUCACUGAGCUGCACCGUCUGUGACUCCAGUAGGCUCCCCAUCCCUGCUCCCUGGCUUUGGCCCCCAUUCUUCCCUCUGGCCACAUCCCCAGCACUGGCUGGCACCAGGAUGGGGGCGCUGCAGGCUCAGGUGCAAGGGCGUGUCAGGGUCCUCUCUCAGCUCCAGGCCAACAGGCGUGAGUGCGGCCCAGUAGGGCCUGAGGCCUCGUGGGAGGUUGGCGUUCAGCGGUGCAGCCUCAGAUGCAAGCAAGGGCUCGUGUGACCACACAAGGAAAGGAGCCUCAAGUGGCCUGGCUCUCGGCGGUCCCGGGCCCUCUGGGAGGACCGAGGGUGUGUCAGAGCCGGGCCCCCUGGGAGGACCGAGGGUGUGUCAGAGCCGGGCCCCUGGGAGGACUGAGGGUGUGUCAGAGCUGGGCCCUCUGGCUGUGCGGACUGUCCCCAGGGCUGGGCCGAGUGCCAGCAGGUCCUGAGUACAGAGCCCUCCGGCCCUUCCCACGAGGGGAGACAGCCCGACUCGUGUACACAGGGCAGUCGGGAGACAGGCCUGCCCUGCCCAGGCCACGGCCCGGCUUCUCAGCGCACGUCAGCCUGAGUAUUUAUCACGAGGUAAGGUGCCUAAACAGCUCUGAUCCGGCACCUGGGUAGGGACAGAGCCGACACAGCCAUGAGGGAGAGCUCUUCUCCCUAAGCUGGGGUCCUAGCCUAAGGGGCCAAGGCCGUCUGGGGUGGGGUGUUCACCAGAGAUGAAGGCUGGGAGGGGGCAGCGGUCGGAGUGAGGGCAGCAAUUCCGUGGCCGCUGUUGGCUGACCACGUCGGGCUUGGGUUGAGUUCAGGCCUGAGGUCUGGGUGUGUGCAGACCACGUGGCCUUGACAGUGUCCUUGCACAUGGGUCAGCUCGGCCUGGAAGCAGGCCCGCACCUGCCCACCACCGUGUUUGGCCCUGUCCGCCCUCAUCACCCUCCCCAUCUCCACACUGCACCCCAGCCCCAUCACACCCGUCCAGGAGGAAUGCUGCCCCCCUGCGGCACCCUAACCUGCCCAUCACACCCGUCUGGGAGGAGUGCUGCCCCCCUGCGGCACCCUAACCUGCCCACCACCCACACCCUACAGGUGACAGCACAAUGUCACUGUGCUCAGCCCCGCGCCCCAGCGGACAGGCGGGAGGGGCCACUCUGAAUAAAGCCCUUGCUCAGCGUG